AUGCAGCUGCGGGUUCCUGGACGGGAGUCCGUCUGCAUUGGCAUGUCAAUUUCCUCGAGCUGUCAGAGAGGACGAGGAGCAAGUUCUACUACUUGCGCCUUAUUGGCCCAACCGGUCUUGGUUCUGGGAAUUAGUACUCCUCACAUCCUCUCCUCCCUGGUAGAUUCCCCUGAGGAAGGACCUUCUUUCUUAGGGGCAAGGCACAAUUUGGCAUCCUCGGCCAGACCUCUGGAACUUUCAUGUCAGGCCCCUGAACGGGACACGGAAGACCUAACUGACCUUUCGCUGGCUGUUGUACAUACCAUCACUGAGGCUAGAUCCCCCUCUACUCUGCGGCUCUAUGGACUCAAAUGGCGUCUUUUCAUGGACUGGUGCUCCUCCCAUGAAGAGGACCUGCAGAGAUGUCCAGUGUCAUUGGUGCUUACCUUUCUUCAGGAAAAGUUGUUGUACAACCAGCCCAGUCUCCUGAAUGGUCGAGCAGAUGUCGUUUAUGUGACACCAUGGUUGGCGCCAAUUGUUUGGGAGGGAACAUUUGAUCCUACAGUAAUUGAUUCUAUCUACAAACAAAAGAACAUCACCAUAGCCACCACUGUUUUUGCUUUGGGAAAAUAUAUACGUUUUCUCAAAGAUUUUCUGGAAUCAGCUGAGCAGCAUUAUUUUGUUGGAUUUCGAGUACAUUACUACUUGUUUACAGAUCAACCAGAAGCAAUUCCUGAUGUAAAGCUCGGUGAAGAACGUCAGCUGAAAGUGCGAACAGUCCCAAAAAUGGAUAGGUGGCAGGACAUUACUAUGGGCAGAAUGGGAAUGAUUGCAAAACUAACUGAGGGUGAACUGGCAAAUGAGGCUGACUACAUUUUCUGCCUUGAUGUGGAUACAAAGUUUUAUGCCCGCUGGAGUGUGGAGGCUUUAGGCAGUCUUGUAGGAUUGAUUCAUCCUUGGCUAUAUGACUUUCGACGGGAUCAAUUUACCUAUGAACGUAGACCAGAAUCGCAAGCAUUUAUUCCGGUUGAAGAAGGUGAUUUUUAUUAUGCUGGUGGUACGUUUGGUGGCUCAGUGCAGGAAGUGCAUAAGCUCACCAAAACCUGCAGUGAGCAGCAGAAUAUUGAUGCUGCUAAUUCCAUUGAGGCAAUAUGGCACGAUGAGUCUCACUUAAACAAAUAUUUUCUAUACAAUAAACCCACUAAGGCACUCUCACCUGAGUAUCUGUGGCGAGAUAUUAAUGCCCCUUCGGACACCAUAAAAACAAUUCGCUUCUGUAGUGUUGCGAAAGAUGUUGCUGAGGUUCGCCAAAACUUAUAGCGAUAGUUACCAAUUGCAAUAUUCACCUGCACUGACAGGCCCUAGAAGUGGCAAAAGGUUGUAACAAUCAGCCUAAACAGUUGAGUUACAAAGCUAAAAUGGAUCAGAUUUUUACUGUGAGAGAUUAAAACCGUGUUAAAAGGAUGAGACCAACAAGUUAAAGAAAUUA